AUGAUGAUGAUUUUUCUCUUGCUAUUAUCUAUUUCUUCGUUGACAACGGUGCGAACGACCGAUCGAAUACCGUCGCUUUUUGAAGCCAUUUUUGUUCGGCCAUCGACUAGCGGUUGUGUUACUCAAACUAAUGAUUAUUGUCAUGUGGUGAAUGCUGUGCAUGAAUUACUUGGAUCGGAACACAACGAAACGUACAGCAUUUUGUUAGAAAGUUCAGCUUUUGACGAUGCAACACUUAAUGAAAUGUUUCUAUUAGGUCUUCAACAAUAUGCCUUAUUUUUGACGGAUAAUCCUCAAUACAUGCCGAAUGAUUUUAAUAAUCUUGUGUCAGAUUUGGUACGGAUUAUUUCGCUUCUUGAGGAGAAAGGUACUAGUGCUGUGACAUGGUAUGAUCUCAAACCAUACGUUCGUCGAUUUCUUGAGGUUAUUCAACCAGCACAGCAUCAUUAG